GCCCGCCCCGCCCCGGAGGAGGAACCCCGCGCGCCGAGCCUGUAGCUCGGUGGAGUCUGCGGGCCGCCACCGCCCCCAGGGCCCGCCGCGCGCGUCCUGUCGCGGCGCCCAUCCCGGGAGCGGAGGGCGGGCGGCGAAGGCCGGCUCCAGGGACUGCGGCCGAGGCUGGCUUCCCAGCGGAGCGGCGACACGCGCCUGCCGAGAUGUGAAAGUAAGGACUUACACAAUAACAAAGAUGCUUGUGAGCCAGAAUGCCUCAGCGAUUAGACCACGGAAUUUGUACCCCAUGGUGUACAUCAGCCUCGUGUUUGGUAUUUUACAUGCUUUGCCUGAUUUUCCAGGUGAACCUUGUGUUUUAAAGAUGACAUUACGAAAUUUCCGGACAAUCUUAUCAUGGGAAUUAAAAAACCAUUCAGUUGUGCCAACUCACUAUACCUUUUGGUACACAAUCAUGAGUAAACCAGAAGGUAUGAAGAUUGUUGAGGACUGUAGAAAUAUCACAAGAUCAUUUUGUGAUGUAACAGAUGUGUGGGGAAACAUGCGUGAGACGUACGUCCCCAGAGUGGAUGGGUUCAAGGGGAACACAACACUGGUCAGCUGCACGGGCAGUUUCUUCCUGGCAACACACAUGUCUUUGGAACCACCAGAAUUUGAGGUUGUUGGUUUUAUUGACCACAUUAAUGUAACAGUGAAAUUUCCACCCAUCAUCCCCAAGAUACUAGAUGGGGAAGGAUUAUGGUUUUACUCACCACUUGUCAUCGAAGAACAGUCAGGGAGAAUUGUUAAGAAGCAUAAACCCAAAAUAAAUGAAAACGUCACUGGAGAUUUCACUUAUGUCAUCGACAAAUUAAUUCCAAACACGAACUACUGUGUGUCUGUUUAUUUAGAGCCUACAGAUCUGAGAGCAAUAAAUAGAUCUCCCUUAAAAUGUACCCUGCUUCAACCUAGGCAGCAAUCAGGGACAUCAGAAUCUGCCAAAAUAGGAGGAAUAAUCACUAUGUUUUUAAUAGCAGCUGUUAUCACAAGCACCAUAAUAACAAUGAAACGGAUUGGUUAUAUAUGCUUAAGAAGCGAUUUCCCCAAAGUUUUGAAUUUCUGUAACAGGUCGGGCUGGGUAUUUCCUGAGCUGCCACCACUGGAAGCUGUGGCUAUAGCAGAGGUCAUUCAUAUUAACAGAAAGAAGAGAGUGUGGGAUUAUAAUUAUGAUGAAAGUGACAGCGAUAACGAAGCAGCCCCCCGGACAAGUGCAGGCGGUUAUACCAUGCACGGCCUAAUAGGCAGGCCUCUGUGUCCAGCCUCCACCUCCGCAGCCCCCUCAGAGGAUUGCAUCGACUCAGAUGCUGAGGAACCUGGCCUGCCUGAGCCCGACGCUGACACUGAGCCCCUCAUGGCCCCAGGGCCGAGCCCGUGGCAGUCAGAAUGCACAAGUGAGGCGUACAGGGGGAGAGGCAGUCUGCUGCAGGACCCCUUUUCCGAGGAGGAUGGCAGCUCCACUGAGGGGUCUGGGGACAGAAUUGCCUUCAACGUGGAUUUAAACUCCGUGUUUGUGAGGGUUCUUGAUGACGACUCAGAAGUCCCUGCAAUGUUAUCAUUUCCAGAAGAGACAGUCUACCUGGAGGGUCCCGAUGAAAUGGAUCUUGAUGAAGCAGAAAGCCUUCUGGUGGCUAGUGGAGACAGGACACAGCCACCCUUCCCUGGCCCCGCUGCAGAGUGCCUGUGGCCUGAAGAUGCUUCUUCCAAUAAAAGCGACACUUCUGAGUCAGAUGUUGACAUUGGGGAUGGUUAUAUAAUGAGAUGAAGCCAAAAACAUUUAAUGAAUUUGGACUGACAGUACCUCCAAGGGUCUCCCUCUUUGCACUGUCACCUGCUCCUUUGUGGUCUGCAGUGUUCUCUGGGCCAGGAGUUGGAGACUGUAGUCCGCUCGGGGUUCCUGGUGAUGUCACUGAUGUACAUUCCCAGUGGGGUGGAAGGGAGUUGGGAAGUGUGGUACUUUAUCAUAAAAUCACCCAGUGCUUUGUUUACAUGUUCAAAGUGCUAUACUUUGAAGGGAAAAUGCCCUGCCAGCUCCCUUUACUCUUGGGCAUUUAUAAUGUUUCUAUACCAUGUUUCCCAGAGUAAGGAGCAAGGCUCCCUGUGGUUUCCAGGGAUGGGCCAGGGCCCUGUAAGAUUUCUGGGAAACAAUUAAAUUGGGCCAAGGUGGAAGUGGGAAAAGAAAAGGAAGACACCAAGGGUUCAUGGCAGCAGCAUUCAGCAGUGCUGAGCCUAGCAGGCUCAAGGAAGGAGCUGGAAAGCAGGCAGGAAAGGAAGAGGGAGGGAGGGCAACCCGGGGAAAGGAAAGAGACACAGAGGAAAUGGAAGCACAUGCUCUGAGCUGGAACCUGAGAUCCAGCCAAAUCUUGGGCACUUCCUAGAUAUCAUAUUCUGUCGUUAGAAUUGGAUUCUCAGCCCCUUGAUUUUAGUGAGGAAGACA